GGAAGUGGGGAGCGAUACCAGGUGCAGCGUCGGGCUAGCGGAGCUAUGGACAAGGAGUAUGUGGGUUUUGCCGCCCUCCCCAACCAGCUGCACCGCAAGUCCGUCAAGAAGGGCUUUGACUUCACACUCAUGGUGGCAGGGGAGUCAGGUCUGGGAAAAUCCACCCUCAUCAAUAGCCUGUUCCUCACCAACCUCUAUGAGGAUCGUCAGAUGCCUGAGGCCAGUGCUCGCUUGACACAAACGCUGACCAUCGAGCGCCGGGGUGUGGAGAUCGAGGAGGGAGGUGUUAAGGUGAAGCUGACCCUGGUGGACACACCUGGCUUUGGGGACUCAGUGGACUGCUCGGACUGCUGGCUGCCUGUGGUACACUUCAUCGAGGAGCAGUUUGAGCAGUAUCUUAGGGAUGAGAGUGGUUUGAACCGGAAGAACAUCCAGGAUUCUCGAGUCCACUGCUGCCUCUACUUUGUCUCACCCUUCGGCCGGGGGCUCCGGCCCCUAGAUGUGGCCUUCCUCCGGGCAGUACAUGAGAAAGUCAACAUCAUCCCAGUCAUUGGCAAAGCAGAUGCCCUGAUGCCUAAGGAAACCCAGGCCCUCAAGCAGAAGAUCCGGGACCAGCUGAAGGAGGAGGAGAUCAACAUUUACCAGUUCCCUGAAUGUGAUUCUGACGAAGACGAAGACUUCAAGAGACAGGAUGCGGAGAUGAAGGAAAGCAUCCCUUUCGCAGUCGUGGGCUCAUGCGAGGUGGUGAAGGAUGGUGGGAGCCGACCGGUGAGGGGACGUCGCUACACCUGGGGUACUGUGGAGGUGGAGAACCCACAACACUGCGAUUUCCUAAACCUGCGACGGAUGCUGGUGCAGACACAUCUGCAGGAUCUGAAAGAGGUGACACACGAUCUGCUCUACGAGGGCUACCGGGCCCGCUGCCUACAGAGCCUGGCCCGGCCUGGGGCUCGAGAUCGAGCCAGUCGCAGUAAGCUUUCCCGCCAGAGCGCCACAGAGAUCCCGCUGCCCAUGCUGCCUCUGGCGGAGACCGAGAAGCUGAUCCGCGAGAAAGACGAGGAGCUGCGCCGCAUGCAAGAGAUGCUGGAGAAGAUGCAGGCCCAGAUGCAGCAGAGCCGGGCUCAGGACGAGGAGUCGGACGCGCUCUGAGGCCCCCGCCCCGGCCCUGCCUUACCUCGGCUCCGCCUUCAGUCCGCCUCUUGUCCAAUCCUCGCGCCCCAGACUGCCCAGCGCCUAAUCCCGGAGCCCCAGCCGAGCGGCCCGCCCUUGUCCUGGCUCCGCGUAGGUU